AGCUGAGGCGCCAUUACAGGGUGAAGAGUCUCGACCACAGACACAAAUCAGAAGGAUUAUAAACUCUUGAUCAAAAGGCACACAGAUCUGGUGAGUCUUCAUACUGAAAGAUAAUUCACAUAUCAGAGCGAAUGGCUGAGAAAAGUUCUGUUCUCAAAAGCUUCCUGAACUGCCAUGUGUGUUCAGAGACUUUCAGAGAUCCCGUGUCUCUGAGCUGCAACCACAACUUCUGUUCAAGCUGCCUGCAACAAUUCUGGGAACAAGCUCAGAACAGAAACUGUCCCAUUUGUAAAAGAAGAUCCUCAAAGCCAUUUUUGCAAGUGAACUUUACACUAAAGGAGCUAGCUGACUCCUUUGCUGGGAGGCAGAAUAAUGCUUCACCUGAGACGGAGAAAGGAGAGAAGAAGGUGGAGGUGAAACAGGAGAAAGAGGAAGUCAUAUGUGAUAAACAUCCAGAAGUCCCUUAUUGGUUCUGUGAGGACGAGCAGAGAGCUGUGUGUCCCGUCUGUGAGUUUUCUCUCCACCAGACUCACAAGGUGGUUCCUGUAGAGCAAGCAGUCAGUGAGCUGAAGGAGCAGCUGAAAUCUGACUUAAAGUCUCUGCAGGACAAGAGGAACAAAUACAAACAAGUGGAGAAAACAUACAGUGAAGUGAUUCAACACUCCAAGAAGCAGCAGCUGUCCACAGAGAAGCAGAUCAGAGCAGAGUUCAACAAGCUCCGCCAGUUCCUGAAAGAGGAAGAGGAGUCCAGACUGGCAGCUCUGAGGGAGGAAGAGGAGCAGAAGGGGAAGACUGUCAGCAGAGAGAUGAAGAAGAUUCAAGAUCAGCUCUCCUCUCUGUCAGACAAUAUCUCUGCUGUUGAAGAAGAGCUGCAGAAACACAACGUGCCAUUCCUCAGCAGUUAUAAAGCCACUCAGACCAGAGCCAGAGUCCAGUGCGCACUGUCAGAUCCACAGCUGGUGUCAGGAGCGCUGAUAGAUGUGGCCAAACAUCUGGGCAACCUGUCCUUCAGAGUCUGGGAGAAGAUGAAGGACCAGGUCCACUUCAGUCCUGUCAUUCUGGACCCAAACACUGCAAACCGCUGGCUCUAUCUGUCUGAUGAUCUGACCAAUGUGAGGCACGGAGACACAUAUCAACAGCUUCCUGACAAUCCAGAGAGAUUCACUAGGUACGCUUUUGCUGUGGGCUCUGAGGGAUUCAGUUCAGGGAAACACAGCUGGGAGGUGGAGGUGGGAGAUCAUCCUGACUGGUUCUUGGGUUUGGUGAAAGAGUCACUGGACAGGAAGAAAGAGCUUUCCGGUUCAACAACAUGCGGAAUGUGGUUUUUAAGGCAUGAUGAUGGAAAAUACACUAAUGUUAUUGGUAAGACUGUCAGAGUGACGAAGCGUCUCAAGAAGAUCAGAGUCCAGCUGGACUAUGACAGGGGGGAGGUGUCCUUCCACAACCCUGAAGACAUGACUCACAUCUACACUGACAGAAACACUUUCAACGAGAAACUCUUCCCAUAUUUCAGUAUUGGAGAGGCUGGUGAUGCUAAAACUGCUGAUAUUAGAAUCUGUCACACUGAUACUUCUCUGUGAUGUUGAGGAAUGUUAGUAGGUGAAUUUGUAGUUGCUGGUGUGUGUGUGUUUGUUUCAGGUAGGCUAUGAACACUGACCUUGCCAGUAGUCCUCAUGGGGACCUAAGCCAAUUUCAAAUGAGGCAAACAAGGCACCUUUUAUAAGGUCUGGUUUAGUUUCGGGAUAAGGUGGGUAAAGUUUGAAUCUAGUAUAGGCUGAGGUUAGGGUUAUAGUGUAAGCACUGUUCACUAGUUUUUGGAUUUUUCCUCUUCAACACCUUAAGAUUUGAUUGGGUGUCAGAGGUAACAAAUGUUUUAAUGUCUGCAAUUGAUAAUUGAAAGUGGUUUCUUCUUUAUUUGGAAUCUCAUUUUAUCAAUCUUUUUCAUCAAUAUCAGGUUAUUGGAAACUGAAACUUCUGUUCUUCAUUUUUGACUUUGCAUUUACAAUUGAGAUUAUGUCAAGUAAAUAUUUUUUCUUAAGGAUAUGAUAGUAAAUUUUCUAUUAUGUAUCAUUCCAAAGAUUCUGAACUAUCUCUCCGUAUAUCUGGGAGACAAUAAAUGAAGGUACUUAAUAGUAAUAUUAUUCUCUAAUAAUCUCAGACAUUAUACAAAUCCAAUGAAUCAAUCAGCAUUUAUGCGGGUACCUGUUUUUUGUUACUGUAGCAUCAUUAUUUGAAUUCAGGUAUUGUCCGUACAGAUGAAAACAUUCAUGUAUUUUUAUAUUACAUGAUUAGGAUACAAAAUAAGGUAAUUGUAUUUAAAAAAAUAAAUAAAUAAAAAAUUGAAAAGGGGUGUUAGUAGAAGGAUAAAAAAUUCAAAUUUAAGAAUUAUAUUGUAGUGUGUAAGUGUGCACAUGUGACACUCCAAGUCACACAUUACUCAGAACCAAACACGUGUACUUUCACAGGCGAUACACUCUUUAUGAAAAUUAAAUAGAAAAAUCUUCUUAUUGAUGUUCAUCUUCGUUUCUAUAUACCUGGUAUUGAGGUAAUCCAGAAGUACUCUAGUAUUGUGAUACUUGGACUGUGGUACUAAAUUAAUUUAUUUUACAGGUAAUUAGCAAUUGUAUUGGAAUACAUUUUUAAAGUGACUCUCACAACUCCCUGCGCCACUUGGCAGCUUUCACUGGACUGAACGCUGUAUCCAGAUAAUGCCUUAUUAGAUCCACAUGGAGAAGACUGGUUUAUCAUAAGGUAACAAAGUUUGUGCUAAGGAACAUUUCACAGCUGUCAGAGGUAGAGUUGUACUCUCAACCAGGAGAAGGGUUAAGAGUGAUUUUUUUUAGACAACCCCUUUUACUUUUUUAGCCCUGGGAACAGCUAAAAGGAAAACAACAACAAGUAAAUCAUAAAUCGUGAAUCAUUAAUACUGUAAACAUUAGUGUUUUGGGUUAUGUUUGUGUUUAGCUUAUAGCAAUCCUUACACAUUAGACAGAAGAACUCAGAUAAAAAGCUGCAUUUAGCUUCUCUGAGUUUUCCUCACACCUGUAAAGAAAGCUGGACUAUGACAGAUGAUGAAAUGUCGACUAGGAAGAGGAAAUCAUGAGGAAGUGCCUUUCCUUGUUUCAUGGGGGGGAAAAGCACAUUAAACUUAAUGUAUCAUCUAAAAUCAUCAUCUUUGUGAAAACUAUUUCAACAUAACUAUAUUAUUCCUGUAAAUUAUAUAUUCUAAUGACUUAA